UUAAUGUAGCAUCGCUGUCGAAUGAUCAUUUAUUUACAUCAAUGGUCCAGUUGUAUUUGUAAACUGAUGUUAAAAUCAUGGGAGAGAAAGGACAACAAUCAACCCAGCAGCCUAUCGUUAAGAUAGGACAUUACACUUUAGGACAGACGUUAGGAGUUGGGACCUUCGGUAAAGUGAAAAUUGGUGAACAUCAGCUUACAAAUCACAAAGUUGCUGUUAAAAUAUUAAACAGGCAAAAAAUCAAAAGUCUUGAUGUUGUUGGAAAGAUUAGAAGAGAAAUACAAAAUUUAAAACUCUUUCGUCAUCCUCAUAUAAUAAAACUGUAUCAAGUGAUAAGCACGCCAACAGAUAUUUUUAUGAUAAUGGAAUAUGUUUCUGGAGGUGAACUUUUUGACUACAUUGUUAAAAAUGGAAAGCUCAAGGAGUAUGAAGCACGCCGUUUCUUCCAACAGAUAAUAUCUGGUGUUGACUACUGUCACAGACAUAUGAUUGUUCAUCGAGAUUUGAAACCAGAGAAUCUACUCCUUGAUCACAACUUGCAUGUGAAAAUUGCUGACUUUGGCCUGUCAAACAUGAUGAUGGAUGGAGAAUUCCUGAGGACAAGCUGCGGUUCUCCAAACUACGCUGCUCCAGAGGUCAUAUCUGGGAAGUUGUAUGCGGGCCCCGAAGUUGAUAUUUGGUCCUGCGGUGUGAUUCUUUAUGCGUUAUUGUGUGGUACCCUGCCCUUUGAUGAUGAACAUGUUCCAACACUGUUCCGGAAAAUAAAAUCGGGGGUAUUCCCUAUACCUGAAUACUUAAAUAAGCAGGUUGUUAGUCUGCUUUGCCAUAUGCUUCAGGUGGACCCUAUGAAGAGAGCUACAAUUGAAGACAUAAAGAAACAUGAGUGGUUCCAGAAAGAGUUACCAGCAUACUUAUUUCCAUCUCCAGUAGAACAGGAUGCGUCUGUUAUUGAUACUGAUGCAGUGAAUGAAGUUUGUGAGAAAUUUGGUGUGAAGGAACAUGAAGUUCACAAUGCCUUGCUGAGUGGUAAUCCUCAUGACCAGCUUGCUAUUGCGUACCAUUUAAUAAUUGACAAUAAAAGAAUUGCCGAUGAAGCUGCAAAGGCAGAGCUCAAAGAUUUUUAUGUUGCAAGCAGUCCUCCACCUGUUUCAUUUAGCCCAAAUGAGCUGAAUCCUAGUCCUAUUCGACCACAUCCUGAAAGAAUAGCUCCUGCCAUUCGUGAUAAAGCUAUUGCUACAAGCAAUAGUGGGGCAACUGACAGACGCUCUAGAGGAACUCCAGUCAAAAGAGCUAAGUGGCAUUUAGGUAUUAGAUCACAGAGCAAACCCAACGACAUUAUGAAUGAAGUCUACAGAGCAAUGAAAGCGCUAAACUAUGAUUGGAAAGUUAUUAAUCCUUACCAUGUACGUGUUCGACACAAGAAUGAACUAACUGGAAAAUAUGUUAAGAUGUCACUGCAACUAUAUCAAGUUGAUUAUAAAAGUUAUCUUUUGGACUUCAAAAGCCUUAGCAGUGAAGCUAGUGAAGAUAGUGAAAGCAUGAUCUUAUCAUCAGGAGAAGAACCAAAACCAGCUGUAACUGUACCUGUAGAGUCAAGUGAACAGCAGCAGAAGCAAACUGGUCAUCAUACAAUGGAGUUUUUUGAGAUGUGUGCAGCCUUGAUCACUCAGCUUGCUCGCUGACAUCUGUCGUAAUAGUCACUGAUCCAUACAGUGGCUAUAUAUUCAGUUGCAGAAGAUAUGAUACUAAAGUGGUUUGCCACUGUUCUUCUAUGGCUGUAUAUGAGGAGACCAAUUGUCCAAAGAUCAAGCGACAAGUUUAGUUGUAAUGUUGUGAUUUCAGCAUAAAACAUUCAAAGAAAUUUAAAAGUUACCUUAAAAGUCACAUAUAUAGGAGCCUUUUUUGUUAGUAUUAUAGUGAUUAAAAGGUUUUUAUUUAUGGCUAUUGUUUAGGAUUUUAAGUGCAGAAAUGGAAGACUGGUAUGGUAUUGCCAGUAUUUUUGUGCUCAUACCCUAAGCUACAGGCAUUAAUGUAAACAGUUGACUGGUAGAGAAAUGCAGCAUUUUACAAAUGUGCUCUUGUACAAGAAACUGUUGAAGAAAACUAAAUGCAACUUUUAAGAAGCGACAAGAAAUACAUUUUGCCCUAGUAAGGUUAUAUAUGAUCACUUAAUGUGUAAUAUUAGCACUUCCAGUUUAUCUGAGUUCACGAACAAUUCUCUGCUAUAAAAAGUUAAUUUUAUUGUUACGUACCACCGUCUGUUUCACGUGGGUGCCAUGCACUCUGAUACAGAUUGUUUGCUCUAUGUGAAGUCUCUGUCAUUGCACAGCUGGUAUUAGAACACCUUUGGUAAUCUUUUGACAGUUGUACUGCCAGGGCCAACCUCACCAUUUGACAGUGUCUCUGAAUUGAAUCUUGCGAGAGGGUAAAUGGUGAGGGAUGGAUAGAGGCACAAAGGCACAUUGGAAUGAAUAAAAGCAAAAGCUUGUAUCAUCCUCGCUAUAACAUUCACAAGAAGAAUUUUUCCAUUUGUAUCUUUGUGCAACACCAUUUCAGCUAACGGUUCAUCCACACAUUCUGAUUUCAUCAGUUGUAUGUUUUCUUCCCACUACAGGGUGUAGGAGCACGUGUAAGAGGAAGGUGGAAACCUUUCAUAAAUUGAUAGAUUGGAUCCUUCCAACAUGUCUGUCAUCAAUUAAACAUGGACAAAGUGAAACUAAUGUUGGCUUGUCAGUUACCUUGUCAGUAACAGAGUCAUCUUGCCCACACUUCUGAAACCAGCUCUAUCCUCAGAAUCUGAUGAGCCACAAAAGAGAACACACAAAGGUUGUCCUUUUACUGCCAAGUGCUUGACCAGGUUGCACAAUUUUUCAUAGCCUUCUAGUCUAAUGUGUAACCAUGAACUAGCCAAAAUUCUCAGUGUGAAGAUCAGGUGACUGUCUUAAUGUCAUUGUCACUGUCUAAGCUGUUAUAGUGAGCACGUAGUCUAACCCUUUCUUAUAGAAUUGUGAAAGAUUGCAGCAAUUUGUUCAAAUGUAGAUUCACAUGAAUAUUGUAUUGUGUCAUGUUCAGAGAGCAAGCUAAAAACCUUUUCCUCCCUUUUAACAUUGUAAGCUGUUGAUAGAUAUCUCCUUACAUCUUGGUGCAAAAGUAGUACCUCUGGUUUCCAACAGAUAGCAGAAAAAUGUGGUCUUAUGUAGCACUCUACAGCUAGCAGAGCUCAGGUUACCAUCAUUCUUUAUGUUACCCUGUAGAGUGAGUCUUGACUUAUCUCCUGGCAUUAAGGAUUAAAUAAUACAGGGUGUUUCAAAAUUUUUUAUUCAAUUUCACAAGACUAUCUUGUAUGUGAAUGAAGAUACAAAUUUAUACUCGUGUAUUAGAUUAUGACAUUUUUGUUUUCAGAAGAACCCUCUGAUUUUAAAAGGGGAUAUCUUUUACAUGUAUACAACCUUGAUGUACUUUUUACAACUAUACUUAAGAUCAAAGGUUUCAUUUACCUUCAACAAAUGUUCAGUGUGGCUACCACUGGACACAUGACAAACAACCAGAUGAUAGUCAAAGUCAUCUCACACUCUUACAAGCAUUCACUACUGUUGCUAUGUCCUGUCACAGUUCACCAAAAGUUGUUGGAAGGGGAGGCACAUAGACAGAGUUCCAUAGUUUAAAAAAUAAAAAUAAAAUAAACUCACUAGUUAUACUCAGCAAGCCUGGAGACCAAUGGUGCAAUGUACACCCCAUGCGGUAGAUGCACUGUCAUACUAGUCAUGAAAAUGCUGCUGCACAGGUGUAAGAGAAAUGCACCUGUUGAAAAAGAGAAUGCAAAAUACCCUUUUGUCACCACAUUAUUACCAUUUUGACUUGACGCACCUUGGGUAAUGUCCAACCAAGCAAACAAGCUAGCUGCAGCAGCUAGACCACUACAAACAGCUGCAUGAACUGACAGCUUACAGCUGGAGCCAAGAUAAAUUUGAUACUUAAAUUAAAAUUUACUUGAAUUUAUAUCUUCGUUCAUGUAGAAUAUAUAAUCUUGUGAAAUUGGAUGAAUCUUAUGGAAACAUGCUGUAUAUUGACUAUAGAACAAUAUUAUUUAUGUUGUGGUCGUCGGGAGUCAGAAAGCCAUUAAAAAUAAUUGUUUUUAAAUCUUUCAGUUCUAAUGUUUCAGUCAAUGGGUGAAACUGUACAACAAGAAAAGUGGAAAAACUUUGGAAGCCUGAAUGAAAGUUCCCUUCAUCCACCACAUAUUUAAUUCAUACUAAAGAAGAAAAAAAUUAAGUUUUCUUUUGAAACUUUUUGGAAUUUUUUAACAUCUUGAAGAAUUUUGAAGUCUGGUUCUUCAUCAAAGCAGUGUCUUCUCUAACAAGGGAACCUCCCCAUCGCACCCCCCUCAGAUUUAGUUAUAAGUUGACACAGUGGAUAGGCCUUGAAAAACUGAACACAGAUCACUCGAGAAAACAGGAAGAAGUUGUGUGGAACUAUGAAAAAAAAAUAUAAGCAAAAUAUAGAAACUGAGUAGUCCAUGCGCAAGAUAGGCAACAUCAAGGAGAGUGUGAGCUCAAGAGCGUCGUGGUUCCGUGGUUAGCGUGAGCAGAUGCAGAACGAGGGGUUCUUGCUUCAAGUCUUCCCUUGGGUGAAAAGUUGAACUUUUCAUUUUUAGACAAUUAUUAUCUGUCCAUCCGUCCGCUAUAUUUGCUGGAUUCAUAUUGCCCACGGAAUACAUCUCGCAUAUUUAAUGCACUCUCGUCGAAAGUAGCGAACCGUCAACUGCCAGCCAGGGAGCCUCGUUAGCAGGAAUAAUCUCUCUUCCGUGCGCUGUAGUCGACUGACGUCGUGUGUUUCGAUGUUUGUUUAGGCGUAGCGUCCCCAUACUACGGCGCAGAUACCUCGCAUCGGACGGACGGACGGACAGAUAAUAAUUGUCUGAAAACAAAAAAAUUAAAAUCUCCACACUGGAGGGCAGACUUGAACCAAGGACCUUUCAUUCUGCAGCUGCUCACGCUAUCCACGAGACCACAGCGCUGCCGAGCUCACACUAUCCUUGAAGUUGCUUAUAUUGCGCAUAAACUACUCAGUUUGUAUAUUCUGCUUAUCUUUUUUCAUAGUUCCACACAACUUCUUCCUGUUUUCUCGAUUGAUCUGUGUUCAGUUCUUCAAGGCCUAUCCACUGUGCCAAGUUCUAACUAAAUCUGAGGGGGGUGCGAUGGGGAGGUUCCCUUGUAAGUAUCAAAAAUGUAGAUUCAAUUUCAUGUUGUACUUACGCAUAUACAAAACUGCCUUCCUAGAUUCCAAGCAAAACUUAUGAGGUAGGGAUUCCAUUUUUGUCAGUUCCAUUAUUUUGUAAGUACUGGUGAUGUAAUGCUUUUAUUUGAAAUGUUCUUCUCUCAUUUGGUGUACCAACUGCUUUGUUUAAUUUGCCUCAGUUUGCAUUCAGGAUAAGUGAUUCUCCUUUAAUACUGCCCUCGCUUGAUCACCAUGUUGUGUAAAUCUGUAACUGUUCAUUUUGAUUAUUUGGAUUAAAUUCUACUUUUCACUCAAUUUAGUAGUCAUGUCACAUACUACUAUUCUUUUUUCCCAUCCUUAUAGGACACCAUUGCUUUCGGCUCUAUUUGGUAUGUGGGGACCACAUCAUAUAUUGAUGAGACACAGUGUUAAUCAUAUUUCUUCUGUCUAUUGUACACUUAUUAUUACUUUGUUCCUAUAUGCUGCAAGUGUUCCACUGCUUUAAGCUGCCCAGUCUCUUCUUACAUGCCUGCUUCCACUGACAAUCUUUCUGCCUCCUCUUUCUGUACAUGUUGUGGAAGCCAGAAGUGUGUAUGUGUACAGUCCUUAUCAGAUGUGCUUUGGCUUAGGAAGAUGAUUCGCCAGUAUAUUUCCUUCUGAUGUUAUUUUGACUGAGUUUUAUAAUGGUGCUGCUUCUAAAAACCUCAGAACUUUUUGCUUCAGACAUUAGUCAUUGCAAGAUGAUACUCGAUAAAUCAUCACUGGUGUUACUGUGUGACAUGUCAAGUUUACUUUCUGUAGCUGCCAACAAAUAUAAUGUGAUAAAAUUGUCCCUAAGACCGUAAACGUAUCAAAUCUGUACAUAGCACCUGUGCAAUGUGAGUGUAUAAUUUGUCAUGUGAUAAACAUUAUUUUUACCAAUGAUGAUAAUUUUAAAAGGUUUCUUCUGUGCAGUCACUGUAUGUCUUAUGAAGACAAUGUGUGUGACAGCUCUUCAAAUGCCUAAAAAGUGACAGAAACUUUCAGUUCUGUAUUUUCUGCAUAGUAAUAAUGAUAAAACUAAACUGAUAACAUGUUAUAUUAUUUAUUGUAUAAUUAGUUAGUUCUUAUAACAGAUAUUUCCUUUUUUUCUUCAUCUACAAAAAAGUAUUAUAAUGUGCACCAAAAGAAAGCAAUAGAAAGUGUGUGUGUGUGUGUGUGUGUGUGUGUGUGUGUGUGUGAGAGAGAGAGAGAGAGAGAGAGAGAGAGAGAGAGAGAGAGAGAGAGAGAGAAAAUUUUUAAUCAGUGAAUCUGAAAAACUUGUUCUGAACUGUUUAUGAUGUGAAACUAAACUGUAAAUAAUUAUUAUGAAACAGUGUGAUGAACAAUGGACAUAUUUUAUACCUUUGAUGAGUUAUUAAUUACUCAAGAGGACUUGGAAUGUUCAGCUAUGUUAGUUUAUAAUAGUAAAACUACUGAAGAAAUAACCAUUUGUCAGAAAGAAUGCUAAUAAGGAAUAAAAUUGGUUGUGGGGGAGUUAUAGAGGUGAGGAAUACUAAAGGGGGGGAGGGUAGAAGAGGAGAAAAAAGGUGUGAAAUAAUUUUCAAAGUAAUAACUGUUCUCUUCCCAUUGAGGAACUGCUAAAUGAUUGAAGUCACAUAUAAUAUUGAUAUUUCCAUCAUUUCCUUUUAAUGAGCAGAAAUAUAUUUCUAAAACUUAAGUUUUCUAGAAUUAAUUAGCUCUUGUGGUGUCUUGUCUGUCUGACCUGUGCCUAAUAGGAAAGGUAUAAUGUGAGUCACAUUUGUAAAUUAUUCUAAUGAAACUCUGCAAGACGACAUUAUUGCAUUACUUCAUUGUCAUGUUACUCAUUAAAAUUAGGUAAAGUGUUAUGAAAGUGUGGGAGAGGUUUUCUUUUAAGUGUACUAUUCCUAAAUUAAAUUUAACUUAACAAAAGGAAGAAAGUCACCUAUUCAGUUGUCACUGAAUACACAUAAUGUGAUAAUUUAGAGACAAUGACAUCAGAAUAAAAGGAGAAUAAUAUUAGAAAAUGUAGCUUUAUCCUAAAGAAAUAAUUAAGUGAGUUUAAGAAUUAAAAUGCUAGUCAGAAACAUAUUCUACAUACUCCAGUAAAAGCAAUGGUUAGAUCAUGUCCACCAGGAUUCAUCCUUUUCAUUGCACUAGCAAUAAAAUGAAAAAAAAUUAGUUCUACAUCUUAAACUGUAGAACUGGAGGAAUGUAGCUGUGGUAGUAGAGGAGAGGAAAAUGAAUUUCUUGAUUGCAGUCUUUUUAACAAUCAAGACAUACUAAGUAUUGAUUGCAUUCCCCAUCCGUAUAUUAGAUCUCUACUGACUUGAAAGUUCCAAAAUGAUGCAUGUUUUCAUAUGUAUUUAUAUAUAUAUAUAUAUAUUUAGCAAAUUUAUUUUUUUAAAGUUAUUGAUGAAAAACUGAGAAAUGUAAAUAAAUUCUGUCAUACCUAAUUAAUGAAUGUUACACUGUCUGAAAUGAUGUGCUUGAUAUUCAUUGGCAAUUAAGAGGCUGACAUAUGUAACAGAAAAAAUGAAAUAAAAGGAUAAAGAGA